ACCAGCAUGAGCAUGCCAAUGGGGGUUGUGAGCUUGAUAUGGUCACUUCUGGCCCUCCUGACAAUCGCUGUGGUGAGCUUUGGCGAUGAGGUGGAUUUGCUUGCUUUCAAAGCACAUGUCGGUGAUGGCGGCUCGCUAUCCUCCUGGAACAGCAGCGUCGACUUCUGCAGCUGGGAAGGCGUGACAUGCAGCCAGGGGAGGCCUGCACGGGUUGUGGCUCUGAGCUUGAACGGCACUGGGCUCACCGGAGCACUCUCCCCAGCCCUCGGGAAUCUCACAUUCCUGGAGACACUCGACCUGAGUUUCAACUGGUUCCACGGGGAGAUUCCAGAGAGUCUAGGUCGCCUCCGCCACCUGCAGAGGCUCUAUUUGCAUGACAACUCCUUAUCCGGUGUGAUCCCAGUGAAUCUGAGUUCCUGCAUCAGUAUGGUCGAAAUGGGACUGCACAACAACAAGCUUCAUGGACACAUCCCAGCUGAGCUCGGCGAAAAGCUCAUGUCCCUGGCUGGGAUCUCACUGGGUAACAACAGCUUCACAGGACCCAUCCCGGCAUCACUGGGCAACCUCUCCCAUCUGCAAUACCUUGAUCUUUCCAAUAACCAGCUCAUGGGCGCGAUCCCACCGGGUCUCGGCAGCAUCCAGAGAAUGAGGCAGCUCGAGCUCUACAAGAACAAACUGUCUGGUACACUUCCAUCUUCUCUGUACAACUUGUCGUCGCUGGAAAGCCUUCAGUUAAGGGAAAAUAUGUUGUGUGGAACCAUUCCCGCUGAUAUCGACAACAAGUUCCCAAGGUUGCAAAUUCUUAACUUGUAUAGCAAUGACUUCAGGGGAACCAUUCCUUCCUCACUAACCAAUCUAUCUUAUCUCAUGGAACUUAAUCUCCGGACCAAUAGAUUUACUGGAUAUGUGCCUCCCAAUUUGGGGAGGCUGGGAACUCUCCAAUAUCUGGACUUGGCUAAAAAUAGGCUUGAAGCGGAUGAUGACAAGGGGUGGGAAUUCAUCGAUUCUUUGUCAAACUGCAGCCAGCUGUCGCACUUGUCACUUGGCGGCUACUCUUUUGGAGGACAGUUGCCUGCUUCGAUUACGAACCUCUCAUCUACCCUCGAGAAAUUAUACAUAGCUGAUAGUAAAAUCUCUGGGAGUCUUCCUGCAGAUAUUGGCAAUCUGGUUGGUCUUAACAGGCUUGUGAUAGUGAAUAAUUCCAUGAAAGCAGUGAUUCCAGAGAGCAUUGGAAAGCUAAGAAACUUGAUUGACCUCGGCCUGUAUAGUAGUGGCUUGACAGGCCUAAUACCACAAUCUGUAGGUAAUCUCACAAAGUUAAAUAGGUUGCUUGCAUUCUACAACAACCUGGAAGGACCAAUACCAGCAAGUCUCCAGAACCUGAAAAAUCUAUUCCUUCUGGAUUUGUCAACAAACUACCGCCUGAAUGGUUCGAUACCUGUGGAAAUUUUUCAGCUGCCUUCACUCGCAUGGUACUUGGAUUUAUCAUACAAUUCUCUUUCAGGACCCCUCCCAUCAGAAGCUGGUACAAUGACUAACCUCAAUGAAUUGAUUCUGUCAGGAAAUCAGUUAUCCGGACAAAUACCUAGCAGUAUAGGAAAUUGCAUAGUUCUACAAAAACUUUUACUGGAUAAGAACUCUUUUGAAGGAAGUAUACCCCAAUCUCUGGGAAACAUAAAAGGGCUCAAUAUAUUGAAUCUGGCAGUGAAUAAAUUGUCAGGUAGGAUCCCUGACACCAUCGGUAACAUUCGAGACCUACAACAGUUGUACCUAGCUAACAACAGCUUUUCAGGAUCACUCCCAGCAGUUUUGCAGAAUUUGUCAUCAUUGUCCAAAUUUGAUGUAUCUUUCAACAAUUUGCAAGGUGAGGUGCCAGAUGGAGGUGUUUUCAGAAACAUCGCUACCAAAGAGAUUGCUGGGAAUACCUACUUGUGUGGUGGUGCACCUCAACUUCACUUGGCCCCAUGCUUCACAAGCGCCGCAAGCAAGAACAAAAGAAAUAAGGCGAAGUCUCAUGUAAUUUCUCUAGCAACAACUGGAGCAAUCUUGUUAUCACUUUCAGUUAUUCUUCUUGUUUGCAUACUUUGUAAAAAGCUGAAACAAAGCCAGAAGACAGUAGUGCAAUACUCAGUUGCUGAGGACCAUUAUGAGAGAAUCCCCUAUCAUGCACUACUGAGAGGAACUAACGGAUUUUCAGAAGCUAACUUGCUUGGGAGAGGAAGUUAUGGUGCAGUUUAUAAGUGCAUUUUGGACACUGAGGAAAGAGCCUUGGCUGUGAAGGUGUUUAACGUUGGUCAAUCUAGGUAUUCCAAGAGUUUUGAGGUUGAAUGUGAGGCCAUGAGAAGGAUACGACAUCGUUCUCUCAUGAAGAUCAUCACUUGUUGUUCAAGCUUCAACAGCCAUGGUGAAGAGUUCAAGGCCUUGGUUUUCGAGUUCAUGCCCAAUGGAAACUUGGAUGGAUGGCUUCAUCCAAAAUCUGAAGAGCCCACAACAAACAAUACGCUCAGCCUUGCCCAGAGGCUUGAUAUUGCUGUCGAUAUUGUGGACGCGGUAGAAUAUAUGCACAACUACUGUCAACCAUUGGUAAUUCAUUGCGAUCUUAAGCCAAGCAACAUUCUUCUUGCUGAAAACAUGAGCGCUCGGGUUGGAGACUUUGGCAUAUCAAGGCUCCUUGAAGAAAAUACAAGCAAGGGGGUACAAAAUUCAUAUAGCUCAACUGGACUUAGAGGUUCCAUAGGCUAUGUUGCUCCAGAGUAUGGAGAAGGCUCAGCAGUCUCAGCACAAGGUGAUAUUUAUAGCGAGGCUAGUUUUGGCAUAAUGCUCCUUGAGAUGUUUACCGGAAGAAGCCCAACAGAUGACAUGUUCAGGGAUUCUCUUGAUCUGCAUAAAUUCACGGAGGAUGCUCUUCCAGAUAGAACCUUGGAGAUAGCUGACCCAAUAAUUUGGCUGCAUAAAGAAAAAAAUGAUAACAUUACAAGCAGUAGAAUCCAGGAGUUCUUGGUUUCUGUCUUAAGGCUUGGCAUAUCAUGCUCAAAGACACAGCCUCGUGAACGGGCAUUGAUAAGAGAUGUAGCGGUAGAGAUGCAUGCAAUUAGAGAUGCGUACCUCAAGUUUGCUGGUUAG